AUGCCCUUCCUAACACCAACCAUGCCAAGAGUGUAGUGUGUGCUUUUUAUGUGCCAGAGAUGAUUGUGCUGGUAUGGUCAUUUGCCAUUGCCUCCAUGAAACCCAACAUUCAAAGAUCAUGCUUCACCACCUUGUCCCAUGUCUUCCUAGGUCUCCCUUUUCCACAACUUCCUUCCACUGGUAGAGAUCAACACUUCUUCACACAGCUCUCCUCGUCCAUGUGCAUCACAUGACCAUACCAGCACAAUCAUCUCUCUUAUGCCCAGCUCUUCUCUCAAGAUUCUUACACUCUGUCGUGCAUGCACACUGACAUUAUACAUCCAGUGAAGUAAACUAGCUUCAUUUCUUACAGGUAUGCGCAUGUCCUCAGCAGUCACAGCCCAUGUUUCACUGCCAUGUAGCAUAGCUGUUGGUGCAUAAGCAUCAUACUGUCUGCCUUUCACUCUGGGCGAGAGGCCUUUUGUUACCAGCAGAGGUAGGAGCUCUCUGAACUCUGCCCAGCCUAUUCUUAUUCUAGCAGCUACACUCCCGAAACAACUGACUUGAUCACCUUGAUAAUGGAAGCUAUUGACUACUUCUAGUUCCCCACCCCCCUGGUAUUUGAUGCAAUCUAUUUUAGUGUUUAUUGUACCUGUGCACCUUCCACAUGCAAAAACUAUUUUACCUGUUAACCUUCCUCUGAUAUUGCUGCACCUCUUAUGUGUCCAUAGUUUAUACCAGGUACAUCUUAUGGAGUUUCUACCUAAGCCUUUUCUACAGAUUGAGCAGAGCCAUCUAACUGAAGGGAUUUGUGAUUUGUCUGCUCUCCUAUUUACUAAGACUUUGGUUUUUGUUAGAUUAGCCGUGGGGCCCUUUGGUUCCAGACUUUGCUUCCACACCUGAAACUUCUUCUCUGCUUAUUCCCCUCUGUUAUUGCCUGGAGGACUACGAUGACCAAGACAGGGCUAAGGACUGACCCAUGGUGAACCCCUACUUAUACCUUAAAUUUAUCGCUAUACUCAUUGCUAACCUUCACCUUACUGAUAGCAUCCUUGUACAUGGCUUGUACAACUCUCACCAACUGCUACGUUUCGGGGACGCAAACAAACCAACACCGGUUGUCAAGUGGCGUUGUUGGAACAAACAUAGAUAUGUAUGUAUGAAUGAAUGAAUGUAACGGGCUUCCACGCAGUUUCCGUUUAUCAAAUUCACCCCCAAGACAUAGGUCGGCUCGGGGCUACGUAGUGGGUCUGAACCCGUAACCGCAUGGCUGCAAAGCGAGUUUAUUAACUACACAGCCAAACCCGCAUGUAUUUUGAGAAAAAAAACAAAAAAACCCUCAGCAAAUAUUACUGUCGUCCAUGUCUCAAUAAUAAUAGCAAUAAUAAUAAUAAUGACCAGGAAACAAAGUCAAUCGGUCAUGCACUCCCAUCAUACACAUGGUGUGUGAUUUUUAUAUAAAAAUAAAGGAUGUCGAAGCUGUCUUGGCAACCGUCAAACAAUUCAUUAGCAACGAUGGCGGAAGAACGGAAGUACGCGAAUGAGCAUGAGCAGAUGAAACGGAGGCCGUCGCACGACUCUCCUUCUUCAACUGAAGCAUUAUACAUUAUGGAUUAUCAUCCUGUGAUACUGGCUGCUGGCACCGGGUCAAGAAUGAAUGACCUCACUGCCAACACGCCAAAAGCUCUGUUGACUGUCGGAAACAAACCAAUGAUUUGGUAUUCUAUUAACAUGUGUCAGAAGGCAGGUUUCCAAGAGGCAAUUGUACUUGUUCAAGAAUCCAAACGAUCUGAUAUAAAAAGAAAACUCGAAUUUUAUGAAUUCAUCAUAAAGCUUGACUUUGUCAGCGUUCCUGAUGACAGCAGUGGAACGGCCGAUGCCUUGAGACUAAUUCGGAAUAAAGUGAAGUAUGACUUAUUGAUCAUCUCCUCUGACCUUAUCACCACUUUGCCUCUCCACUAUUUCACCAACCAUUUCAAAGCCUAUGAUGCCUCCUUCUUGAUGCUUCUUUCACCUCUGCCAGAGUCAUUUAAUGAGGCCCCAGUUCCUGGAGUGAAGGUUGACAAACAAAAUGAAGGAGAUGUGAUUGGUCUGGAUAAAGACUUGCAGCGACUGGUCUUCCACAGUAACGAAGCCGACCAAGGUGACUUCAUAACGUUUAGUCACUCUUUCCUGACACAAUGUCCGUUUAUAUCGUUGCGAACCGACAUGACUGACUGCCAUUUGUACAUUAUGAAGAAAUGGAUUUUUGAAUUCCUUCUCGAUAGACCGAAGAUCACAACCCUCAAAGGUGAACUGGUCCCUUACAUUGUGAAAAAGCAGUUCUCUAAGAACAAGUCAAAGAAAGAUGUCCCAAGUGAAGGAUUGAGUAAGAAAAGAGACAUUUACAGCUACAUUCCAAAGAGUUUCCUCGCAGAAGCAUAUCAACUGACGUUAAGCAAUAAGGUAUCCCCUACGUAUCAUGAAGAGAUACACUGUUACGUGUACAUCCAAGAGAAAGGGUUCUGUGUCCGAACCAACACCCUAGCAAACUAUGCUGAAGCCAACCGACAGAUCCUGAAACAUUUCCCAGAAUUGAUGCCACCUGGAACCUUAUCUAAGAUUACAGCAGGCAAAUCAUCAAAGAUUGGUGAUGAAUCGUUGCUGGAUGGAAGUGUUUCCUUAGGCAAAAAUGUGUCCAUCACGCAAUCAGUGAUUGGUGCUUACUGUAAGAUUUAUGAUAAAGUGAAGAUUACUAAUUCUGUCAUUUUGGAUCAUACAGAAAUUGGCGAAGGGAGCAUUAUUGAUGGGUGUAUAAUAUGUGACAGUGUAUACAUUGGUGAGAGAUGUGAUCUGAAGGAUUCAAUUGUUGGCAGCCAAGAGAAAAUAGAAGCUAACACCAAAUUGACUCAUGAAUCUGUUGAUACACAAAUGAUGAAAGAAAAAGCAAAUUGGUUUUAUUAAAAAAAUACUGUUUAUUAAAUCUUUUUUUUUUCUCAUCUUUGUACAGAAUUUUAACUUUCCGAUGAAAUAAAAAAAAUCUAUUUAUAUAAUUAUAAAA